UUGAAUCAAUUUAUUGCCUUUUUAAACAUUUAACCCUAAAAUUAAGCAAACCAUUCGACGUGUUAUUAGUAGAUGUAUCAAGAUUUGUCAAAUUAUGGAACUGACAUCGUGUUUUUGUCGUUAUUAAAAAGCCCGUUUGUCUCGUCGCUCAGAGAAGCUUUGUUGACGUUACAUGUUUUGUUGAGAGAGCCUUUACGCAAGCGUCAUAACUACUUAAAACUAGUUAAAGAGCUACUUACUACCGCGAUCUGUGAUACCAUGGUGUGGGAGGUGGUGACUCCGACGUCCAGUGUGAUUAAACACACCACAAGUGACUCACACACUGAACAAACAGAGAUGAUGGCUGUUGAUGAUGAUGCCCAGUCAAGAGAUCUGCUUCACUGCGAGGAUCACUUUUCUUCCUCUCCAACAAUACCAACCAGUGACAGCUACAUAGAAUAUGAUGACCUGCCUGAGCUACAGCAGGUCCCAGAAGAGACCCCCCUAGUGUUUCAGAUGGAAGCUGGAGUGUCCCACCAAGAGCUGACCUCUGACCCCGACACACAGAGACUGACCCAGCUCGCUCUGAUUGCCACUGGACCACAGAGUCCCCUGCUGCAGGAGGAUACACACAGCAGCUCAUCAUCGUUCAGCUGCAGUAGAGAUCUUCAUUCAUAUGCUAGGCCUCCGCCUGAGCCUCACUGCAGUUUGUCUCCCUCUAGAGGCUGUGGCAGGGAGCGCAGACACAGCAGGACGAGCAGUGAGUGUGGCUCUGCAGUAUCGACCCGCUCCUCUCUUUCUGACGAUGAAGACAUGGGCUGGAACUUCUCCUGGCCCUCCACUGUGUGGCACUGUUUCAUCAGAGGCACUCAGUUACGUUUCAUCAGCAACAGUAAAAGUAAUUGGCAGGACAUUGAGGACCUGAAGAGUGAUGAACUUUCUGAAGAAGAAGAACAAAUAUUCAAGAGUUAUGGCUCAGAGGGACUACAGCUGAUGGAACAUUCUGAGACCAUGUCAUGUGACCAGCCUGUACUCGAGUUGACGUUUAACCCUGGACCGUUUGGGCACAGUUUCUUGACAGCGCGAUGCCAACUUGACCACCCGUUCUACGUCAAAAACAAAGGCUGGUCUUCGUUCCACCCGAGCCUGACCGUGAUGCAUUAUGGGAUACCGUGUUAUGAGAUGGAGGUGGGAGACGUGUGUUUGCCUCCAGGACACAGAGAUGCCAAACACUCAGAUGACUCCCCUGUGCUGGACACUUUCAGGAGUUACUCGUUCACCCCUCUGGACUCGUCUGCAGUGUAUGUGCUCAGCAGUAUGGCCCGGCGGAGGAGGGAGUCUCAGUCCAGCUCUGACACUGUAUCUCCAGACAGAAACAUUGCACAUAGUUCACACAGACCAGGCCCCUCCCACUCUCCUCAUCACAAACCAAUCAGAAGCCAGAACAAAGAAUCACCAGGAAGUAACGUUGCCACAUCCUCAAAGAGUAAACGACCCAUGAACGCCUUCAUGCUGUUUGCUAAAAAGUACCGGGUUCAGUACACGCAGAUGUACCCAGGCAAAGACAACAGAGCCAUCAGUGUGCUGUUGGGGGAGCGGUGGAAGAAGCUGCGCAGUGAGGAGCGCAGAGUCUUCACGGUUCAGGCCAAAGCUUUAGCCGACGAGCAGAAGAGGAUCAACCCCGACUGCUGGAAACGCAAACGUACCAACUCCGGUUCACAGGCAAACUGAACCACCAUAAAGAGGUGAAUUUAACACAGCAACCUGCAGCCAGUCCUACAGUCUCCUCCAGAUUUUUCUACAAAUUAGUAAUUCUUCCUUAUUUUGUAAUGGUGUUUUUGCUUCAAUCAGGGACAUCUUUUUGUAAAGAUUGGUGCUAUAGCCUUUCAAACAACUUGAUUUUAUAAAAUUUAAAAGGGGGAAGAUUCUACCAGUAUUUUGGCUCAGUUUGUGUGUACUAACAUUACUUUUUUUUUUUAUUGCAUAGAGUAGCCAAUGCUACAUUUGUUUUCUUCACAUUUGUUCAUUCUUCCAGAUAAUUUCAAUUUUUUUUUCUUUUAUUUACUUGAACAUCUGUUAUGCAUACAUUUUAUGACUUUGUGUACAAGAAAGUAGAUAUUUAGCCAAAUCACUGUCUUCCAAUAUACAGUAUGGCCCUACUAAAGUAAUGCCAAAAUAGACAAAAUUUGCUAUAUUUAAUAUCUUUUAUUUUAAAAAGCAACAUAAUUUUCAGUUAUAUUUCAUAUCAUAGUUCAUUUAUGUAGUUAAGUUUUGUAUUUAAAAAUAUUUAUCAGUUGAAAUGUUAAUGGGCAACUACCUGCACUUCAUUAUCCUUAAAUGUAGCUAAAAUGCUUUGACACAUAACAUUGUAAACAUACAGUAAAACCCAUAUUAAGAUCACAUUUCAGAUAUUGCAAUGGAGUGAUGUAAUUGCCUAGUGCUGUUUGAAAAUGUUUCUAUAGCAAACAGUGAGCAAAAAGUUGAUAUCAAAACCCUGGAUGAAGCAUCAGAAUCUACAAAGCCACGUCAACAUUCCUUCAUUAGUGUCUGCAGUUAAGACUUGACUUAUACAAAAGUGCUUAUAUAAUUACCACAUAGAACCCCAUUUGUGCCUAUUGUGUGAAUAUUGCCAAUUAAACAUACAAAAAACAUUAUUACAGACUAAAUACAUUAGUUAUUUGUAAUAUGGUAUGUGGUUCAAAGGCUAUGUUCACAUUACAAUGAAAAAUAAUCAUUCAUAUACAUAUAGAAAACAUAUUAUACUAUGCAAAUAUUAAUAUCCCCUUUACCAAAAUGAAUAUUUGUAAUGGUCAAUAUGCAAUUUUUUACAAAAUAUUGACUACUUUUUUCUUUGAGUGUGGACAUAACCUUGUGUUUUAAUUGUGUGACUUUUUCAGUUAUCUUUAUAGUAAUAAUCACAAUACUAAUUAUUCUGUUUUAGUUCUAUUCAAUGUAAGGGCUUUGAAAUUCUUAAAAUGUGUGUAGCUAUUUAUUCUAAUGCACUGUAUUCACUUUAUCUACUGGGAUGUUGCAGUAUAUUAUUGACACAUGUAAUAUGACAAAGAUAUAAGAUAUAUUUUUGAAAAUUUUUCUUGAAGACAUACUGAUAAUUAAAUAUAUUUUUGGUUUUCUUGCCAAUAUUCGAUGUACAGGUCAAAUAUGGGACAAUGUAAUGCAAUAUAAUGUAUGACUUCAGAAUAAAAGCAUGAUCCACCCA